AUGUAUUGAAAUCGAGAUUAGUCUCAAUAUAACUUAUACGCGUCAUGGAGUUUAAUAGGCCUAGGCAUAUAUUAAAUAUUAGAAAGAACUAUGUUUUUUAAGUUCAUAGAAGUUUUCUUCGGUUUUUUAUAGUAAAAAUUGUGUUUAUUGUAUUCACAGCAUUUCACCAUCAUCAGGUGAAAUGCAAGAACAGAGGCAUAUUUAAACUCCGUAAUAAGCGUUAAUGUUAAAAAAGUGUUCUUAGUCUUACUUUUAAUUUUAUUGGCAUGUUUUACGCAGCAAUUAGAAUUGUUUUUCGUGAAGAAAAAAAAGAAAUUUUAGGUCAUUUAUACAUUUUUACUAUUAAUUUACAUCGAUUAUUUCAAAAUGGAAACAGUUAGAUCAGCUGUUGAUUCAAUAACCCAAACAGUAUUUCCUGGUAUUCAAAUUUCUGGCAAAGUUAGAACUAGAAGUUAUAUAAAAUCGGGAGGUGAAGUAAAAAGUAGUCUUCCUCUCCAGAUGGCAUUGUAUUUCAAUGUUUACUUCUCACCUGUGUGGUUUCUCACACAUAUAUGUACAUUAAAUGUAAAGUAUGCAGUAUUGUCCCAACUGUAUAAGAUAGUCCUAGUAACUGUCAUGGUGGUUGUGGUAAUUGUGGAAAUACCUCGUUUGUAUCUGGGUUAUAUUGGAAACUUAACUGAAAAGGUUCCUGAAUUGGCUGGUUUUUGGUUGUUGACUCUACUUCUUCAGUUUCCUUUGCAUGCAUUACUGCUGUUUAAUGAAAAUACAAUAAUACUGCCACUGGAGCGAGCUGUAGAUAUACUUAUGAUGACAUUCAUUGUGUUCGAAAUAAUUGCCGGUUACUUUGCCAUCAAAGUUAUUGCUCACCAACAGAUGACACGAUUUCACCAACAAAUGCAACAUCUGGAAGAGUUUAGUCUAGUAGAUAAUCAGUGAAUUAAAGAAGCUGAAAACCUGUAAAUUGUUUGUUAACAUCUAUUUGAGUGGAUGUGUUCUUCAGAACAACAAAAGACUUGUCAGUUUUGGUCAAGUAUGAAAAUGUUAAUGUAAGUAUCAUAAAAGCAACAAAUGGUUCAAAAGUGUUGAUUCAUGUGUGUGUGUGUGUGUCUGUAUAUUUUAUAUAUAUAUAUAUAUAUAAAUGUGUAUGUAUAUAUAUAAUAUGAAAGAAAGCUACAAUUUUAAAUGUUCCUAUUUUAUUGAUAGUACUUUUCUAUUUCAUUCGAAUGCUCUUCAUUUUUCUUAAAAUCUGCAGUGUAAUUAAUAGUAAUACCCAAUAUAAAAUGUAUACAAGUGUUUAAAGUUGAUAUAACUUUAAACAAGUACAAUAAUAACUGACUGCACAGAAAUAAAAAUUUCUGUGUAAUAACAUGAAAUGCAAAAUUCUGUACAUUUGUAGGUUAUGAUAUUCCCACAAUGGAAACAGAAAAAAAUAUGGUUAUGUUUUCAUUUUUCAAUUUUAAACUUGAAUAAAACAGGACAAUUCAAAAUUGUGUCUUUUGUAUUUACCUAUUUAUCAUUGUUUGAGUCAUCUUUUGAUACAUAGAUAUAUAUAUAUAUAUUAUGGGGUUGCCAGUUAUCUCCAAAAUGUAUGAAUCAGCAAUAAAUCCUAGGAGCCAGGAUAGAAUCUUAGCCCAGUGAAGAUCAAGGAGGUCAUCACUGCCUUUUUCAAAGAAAAUUCGUAACUCAGGUUUUAAUUAUGUACAAGUUAUACAUUUUAGACAUAAAUAAAGUACCUUGCCUUUUUUGUGCAAUGCUGUGAAGCUAAACCAAGCAAGCAAGACAUUCUGUGUUAUGUAGAGUAGUGCUUUCUAAACUGUGUGCCAUGGCACAGUUGUGCUGCAGAAAAGCCUG